CUGACAAAAAAAGAAGCGCAGGAGGAAGGAAAGUUACGCAAUUUACAUCUACAAAGUACUGAAGCAGGUACAUCCCGAUACGGGUAUAUCCAGCAAAGCGAUGAGCAUCAUGAACAGCUUCGUCAACGAUAUUUUCGAACGUAUCGCUGCGGAAGCUUCCAGAUUGGCACAUUACAACAAACGUGCCACGAUAACUAGCAGAGAAAUUCAGACAGCCGUACGACUAUUGCUACCGGGAGAAUUGGCCAAGCACGCAGUCAGCGAAGGUACCAAAGCCGUCACCAAGUACACCAAAAAAGAAACGCAGGAGGAAGGAAAGCUACGCAAUUUACAUCUACAAAGUGCUGAAGCAGGUACAUCCAGAUACCGGUAUUUCCAGCAAAGCGAUGAGCAUCAUGAACAGCUCGUCAACGAUAUUUUCGAACGUAUCGCAGCGGAAGCAUCCCGAUUGGCACAUUACAACAAACGUGCCACGAUAACUAGCAGAGAAAUUCAAACAGCCGUUCGACUAUUGCUACCAGGAGAAUUGGCCAAGCACGCCGUCAGCGAAGGUACCAAAGCCGUAACCAAGUACACCAGUUCGAAGAGGAAGGAAAGUUACGCAAUUUACAUCUACAAAGUACUGAAGCAGGUACAUCCCGAUACGGGUAUAUCCAGCAAAGCGAUGAGCAUCAUGAACAGCUUCGUCAACGAUAUUUUCGAACGUAUCGCUGCGGAAGCUUCCAGAUUGGCACAUUACAACAAACGUGCCACGAUAACUAGCAGAGAAAUUCAGACAGCCGUACGACUAUUGCUACCGGGAGAAUUGGCCAAGCACGCAGUCAGCGAAGGUACCAAAGCCGUCACCAAGUACACCAGUUCAAAAUAA